UGCCUGACCUGCGCGCUGAGCGAGGGCCACGCGUGCGGCGUGUACACGGGGACGUGCGCGCAGGGUCUCCGAUGCCUGCCGCGCAGCGGCGAAGAGAAGCCCCUGCACGCCCUCCUCCACGGCCGCGGAGCGUGCAGCAACGAGAAGGGAUACAAACCCGCGCACCAGCCCCUAGACCGCGAGUCUCACGAGGACAGCGCGGCCACAGAGAUGACGGAGGAGCUGCAGCCGGCCAAAGUUCCGCUUCUGACCAAAGACAUUGUGAACAGUAAAAAAGUGCACGCCAUGCGCAAGGAACUGAAGAGGAAGCUGGGCAAGCAGCGCUCCAUGGGCUCGCCCGUGGACUACUCGCCGCUGCCCGUGGACAAACACGAACCGGAAUUUGGACCCUGCCGCAGAAAACUGGACGGCAUCAUUCAGGGAAUGAAAGACACGUCUCGAGUCAUGGCGCUCUCUUUGUACCUUCCCAACUGUGACAGAAAAGGAUUCUUCAAACGCAAACAGUGCAAGCCGUCCCGUGGCCGCAAGCGGGGAAUCUGUUGGUGCGUGGACAAGUACGGCGUUCAACUCCCCGGCACAGAUUACAGCGGUGGAGACAUUCAGUGUAAAGACCUGGAGAGCACCAAUAACAACAACGAGUAAAAGACAAAAGAAAUACGGGGGCCGCAAUCCAACGUCACCCCCCCGCCCGCCUCCCCAGCCCAAAUCCCAACUUCUGCAAGGCGCACGGCCCACAUUUCCUCUCUGAGCGACACGCGGACAGUACGCUCCCGGCUCACCUCAAGAGUUAUUCACCUUCCCGAUUCGUUCCGUUCUCAGGAACAGCGACAAUGUUCCUGGGUCAAUUUGACCCGGGGUCGUGUGAAAUGAAAAAAAAAAACAAACAAACCGACCUCCAUCUCGAAUCAGUGAAUUGCAUGUACGUGAAAUGAAUGGACUGCAUUGAGUAAGCCAAGCGGGGUCUUGACAUGGGUCAAUUUGACCCGUGACAUAUCAGAAGGGUUGAAAUUCGUUUUGAAAGACGCAAAAUGAAAAGAACACCUGUACAUUUUUAUCUUGUCUGUUGUUGACCAAACACUCAUCUCCAAAUGGGGGCGGGAGGGGGGGGGUCGAAAGUCCCAAAAUAUCCCUUGAGUGCAGCUCACGGGGCCCCUUGUACACGCCACGUACACGGGCUGACCAUUCAUGGAAAAUAUAUGAACAGAAUGGAUAUAUUUUUUUAUACCCGGGACGGGGGUGGGUUGCUGGCUUUCAGGGGGUCGGGACAGUGCAGCCAAUCUAUUCACAAAUUGCGUGCAAAAAGCCACAAACAUGUCAUGAGGGAUUGACUUGAUUAUUAUUUUUUUUUUUGGGUGUCCCAGGUCCCACCAAAUGUUCAUCUGUGGCCAUUAAAUUAACAGCAGGUGUGUUGCGCUUGCUCAGCCAGAUGUCCAAAGUUGUUCACGAGAAUGAUUUAAAAGCCACACUUUUGUAUUUUUGCGGGCGCAAUUCAGUAUUUUGGGAGUACAACUGAGCAUUUUUUUUUUUUUGUUGUGGCCACAAUUGAAAGCGAAAAAAAAAAAAAAAAAAGGUAUAUCCCCUAUGUCAUGUCAGCGGCUGCGACAAAUUAAGUGAGGGCAAAUGGGCGGAUCCAUCAGAGCUGUCAAUCAGCGUGAUUGAAACACAAGACAGCAGGUGUGUGGGUGCGAUUCUGUCAAAGCACUGCUACAAAAAAAGCAGCAAACUUCUUUGACGUGUUGUAAAUUCACCAAAGCAAGUGCUUGAACGCCUGCAUGUUUACAGUGUGAGCGCGGGCUCGGUCGUGGCCUGCUUUGCUGAACGAUUCCAAGACAGCAACAAAGAAAAAAAGAAAAGAAUGUCCUUUUAUUUCUCUCGUUUUGAUUCUUUUUUUUUUUUUUUUUUUCAAACGUACUGCUCGGAGAUGGCUCUCCGUUGUAGGUUCGUGUUUGACGUGGAACGUUUGGCAACGUAUAAAGGAUGCCGAUCGUUAGCGGUGGACAAGUGGCUCUUUUGAGCUUAGCCUGAUAUGCCAACUGUGCCUAUUUUGAAAAGACGCUGCCAAGCCGACGGUGAAAUAAAAGGCAAGGGAGAGGGGGGAAAAAAAUGCUGUUCGUCUGACAGGACUCACUUUUGACUUUUUGAGUCUAGUACGCGUUCAAUAGCCACAAAAACCUAAACGGGCGGUUCCUUGUCAUUCUGUAGCAUGUGUGAGGUGUGCUUUUUGUUUUGUGCUUUUUUUGAUUUGCAUUCGGUGAAGAACUGAGAGCCCACUUUUUUCCAUGUUCCUUUUAUCGAAGUUUUUUUUUUUUUUGCCCCCCUUUGACGUAACCCAUCUUUGAAUUCUAGUAGCUGAAUAUGUGAGUGUGUGGGUUUUUUUUUUUUUUAAACUUGGAAAAAAAAAACAAAAAAAUCACGGCCCGCAAAGAAGAAAACCUUCUGCGGCCUGGAACGGCAAUGGUCACGUUGCUCUCCGUCUGUGAAUACAUCGCCCUCGGUGCCUUCCUUUACGUAAACACAUUUCAAUUGUGAAGCAAGAGUGACGUUGACGCGGCAAAGGCGACAGCCCCUCGCAAGGACAGACGAGAGGAAGCGACCCGUUUGUCCGCUUCGAUUGGAAGCGUGACCCCCGCCCCCAUUGCAAUUUGAGCGCCAUUUUGUCAUGGUUUCGCAAGUGAGAGGCUCCGAUUCAUGGAAGCUUCUUCUUUCUUGUUGUUGUUGUUGUUGCUGUGAAUGCUCAUGUACAUUAUUGCUCGAGAGAAGAGGAUGUUUGUUUGGAGGUCAAGCAAUACUUUGCCCUCUGCUUCAAACAGGGAUUUAAAAAAACAACAACAACAACAACAAAGGCUUCCAGUUGUGAAUAUGUGAGAUGUCCAGGCACUAUCCCCUCUCCCAGGAGCCGAUCUCCACCACUGCCACUUUAAAAAAAAAAAAAAAAAAAAAAAAAUCUGCAUAAAAGCAACUUGCACUUAUUUCACUUAGCCACUAUUGAUAGUGAUGAAGUCAGUGGAGGAUAAAAAAACAAAAAAAACAAAAAAAAAAAAACAAACGUCACGUGGUGUCACGUUGUGCUCACCUUUUCAAGGUCGACUUUGGGUACCACUUGUUGACAGGGGCUCCGCACGCCCACGCCGGGGACCUCCGCUACAGCAAAACCAGGACAAGUGAAAUCAGACACGGCAACGUGUGUUCUCUUUCACAGAGAUGGGAAUGACACUCCAGAGGUUGUGGGGCUGCUGACUUUUUUUUUUUUUUUUUUCUAGAGGCAGCGACAUAGGAAGGUACCUUGUACAGGGGGGGGGGAGACCUAUUCAGGGCCUAGCCACGCGGCCCCCCCCGUGCGGGGUCUCCGACUGCAUAUCACUAGAUACACGUUAGUCAGACAGCAUGACAGGAGGCAAUGAAAUGCGGAGAAUUCACGACUGCAGCCAGCGUCGGGUGACAUUUGUUUGGAAGAUUGGAUGUUGCAUCCAACGGGGUGACGGCGCCCCGUUGAACGAGUUGAGGUUCCGGGUUGAAGUGCAUGCGAUUGGCUGGUUGUCAGUGGUCGGUUCCUCACGUUUUCCCUUGCAUCUCCCGAUUUGGUUCUUAACUCACAUUUCAUAUUGGGCUAGUACAGUAACGACUGUUGUUUCGUUUGUUUUUUUUUUUUUUUCCUGAAUACAUUAAUGCAUUCUGGAUGUAACGACACAGUACAUUUGGUUAUCGUCAAUUUGGAGUAGCGAAACAAAAACCGAGGACGGAGGGGAAGGGGUGGGGGAUAGAUAUGGUCGGUCGUUGGAAUGACAAAUAAGAAUAAAAGUCAAAUUAUUCAAGCGAA